UGCGAAGGAUGGCAACUAUUAAGCCCGGUCCAGAAUAGGUUGCAAACACCCAGUUGCGAGUUGCGAAGGAUGUCAACUACUAUUUACAAAGUGUUAUUUUCAGUUGUAAGAGACAGUCGCGAUUGCCGGUUGCCGUCGCGAAGAAGUUAUAGUUGGGCUAUCUCUUUUAGCUCAAUUCUUUAGCUAAACUCUCUUUUAGCAACCGCAACUGUCUUUAGCAACCGCGACUGAAAAUAAUACUUUGUAACUAGUAGUUGCCAUCCUUCGCAACUCGCAACUGGGUGUUUGCAACCUAUUCUAAACCGGGCUUUAAUCUUUACAAUAUUUCGCUUGUGAUAUCGGCUCUCUAAAAUUCCGCUGAUUUUAAACAUAUCCGCGUUUGAGUCUCGUGGGUAAUUCUUAUUUGUUCUCAUGUCCGCGUAAAACGAGACAGUCGCGUCGAUCACGCGUUCAUGCCGUGCGUCCGAUGAUUCUCUUCUCGUCUGUAUGCUUACUCGAUCUCGACACAUUCAUGCACAACAUUCUUCUCUCUCCGGAUGAUGUGUUCAAGAUCGAGAGAGAGAAAAUCGUCGAUCAUCGUUGCUCAUCAGUUUCCACCGCCGUAUGAGAGUAUAUAAAGAGAGUACACGUGUAUACCUUGUCAGUACGUGACAUUUGCAAUUGUUGCGUCGAUUGUAUUGGGCUGGUUCUCAGGUGGACAUUUCAUCGGAUAUAGAAAGAAAUUCAUCGCAAAGUCCCAGCGUCGUCAACGUUCAUGAACUUUGCACAAUACUCGAAAGAGCACCUCGAGAAAGCCGCAUCGCGUCAACGGGAAAUCGCACAAGCGCGUGUCACGGCUCUUCCCCGUAGGUUUCAUUUUAGCUGAGUCAAGGGGACGAGUAUCAGUGAGCGAGAUGGAGUUUCCGAAUUUGGGUGAACACUGCUCCGAAAGUACGUGCAAUCGCUUGGAUUUUUUACCCCUCAAAUGCGACGCUUGCGGAGAGAUCUUCUGUACGGAUCACAUCACAUACACAAGUCACAGCUGCCCCAGUGCGUAUAAGAAGAAUGUACAGGUACCUGUAUGUCCAUUGUGCAAUGUUCCUAUACCGAUAAAACGUGGAGACCCGCCCGACAUGGCUGUGGGCUCGCACAUGGAUAACGACUGUCAGGCGGAUUUCGGGAAGAAUCGUAGGAAGAUAUUCUCCAAUAAGUGUUCAUCGAAGGGAUGCAAAGUCAAGGAGAUGGUACAGGUGAAGUGCAGCGAGUGUGGUGCCAAUUUCUGCCUGAAGCACAGACACCCCACCGAUCAUGCUUGCAUCGGAGCGGAAGAGGCGUUGAGGUUGCGAAGAUUGGAAUCGCUGAACAAGAAGGCUCAGACGACAGUGUCACAGAACAGCAGCGGCAAUUCGUUUCGUAGGCUACAAGGGACGAUGAGCGAGGAUGAAGCGUUAGCCAGAGCCCUCCAAGCUUCCAUGCAGGAUGAAGACAGGAACAGACAAGAAUUACAACCAGUGCCUUCUGGAAACCGGGAUAGAUGUAGACUUUCGUAACUAUCUACAUGUUAUUUUAUACUGUUACAGAGAAACAGGGAAACAAAAGAAACAAUUUUCCUUGUUUUCCUGAAAAAUCUGCUAGUGUCAAGACUCAUAUUAUAAUUUAUUGUUCGAAGAAACGCACGGACAUAGCACAAAGGUUUCGAUACUCGAGUAACUACAUCUGUUGCUAGAUUCAUUUGUGUACUUUUGUGUAUUUGUUAUGUGUAUAUUUGUUGUUAUUAUGAUGUGUAUACAGAAAUUGCAACAUAUGAAAUUGCUCACUUUUUUACUUAAGCACAUUACAUUAUUCUUAUUGAUUGAGAUUUUGAGAAUUUCUGGUAAAGCUCAGCUUUACCAGAAUCAGCAUAGCUGGAUCGAUAUAUGUGAGAUUCAACAUAUUGUAUUUUGAGAUGUUUGAGCUGUAUGUAUGGUAUGUCAAUCAAAGCACCUGUUUCAAAAGCAUUCGUAUAAUGGUUGUACAGGAUUUUGUGUUAAGUUGCGAGUACAAAUCAUUCAUGUAAUCUUUUUUUUUUUUUUUUUCCAUAUCACAAGUCAUUGUACUUCAUUAAAGUGAUGAAACUGUAAAACUAAGAUCUGGCUUAUAGCCAGGAAAUAUAUUCUGCCGAACUAUCAUAAUGAUUCUAAUAAUAUAUUACACAAUGAAGCUUCAGUAUAGAGUGCCUUAAGUAGGUCAAGCAUAAUCUACAUUAGAAUAUGCGCUGAUUUAAAAAAAAAUUUUCUCUUCUUAUCUCUUCAAUAAUACAAACAAUACAUAAAAAAUAUAUUUAAAUUAUUUCAAAUUACGCUUAUUGGCGUUUGUAAUAGAUUUGCUUUUUAGAAACUGCUUUUAACAAUAAAUAUACGGAUUUUCAUAUAAUACAAAUAUGUACAUUUAAAGCAUUUAGUAUUGUGUGUAUCCUGAAUAGGAUUAAAUUGUUAAUUAUUAAUUCGAUGAUGUUCAACUGAGAACAAGAGAAUCUUUAAUUAUCAUUUUAAUUAUUAUGAUCGUUAUUAUACUACGUGUCUCUCAUCUUAGUGAGGUUCUAACAGGCAAGAUGAGAUAAACAUAUAAUUGGAUUUCUAACGUAAUAUCCAAAACUGUGAUGGCAGAAAGGAAUCGUAUACAUUGUAUGAUAUUUAAGUGUUCAUGUAAUAACUUAAGCAAAAUUUCAAAAUAGAAAUCAUAUUUGAACAUA